AUCUUCGUCACAAUGAUAAUCAGUUAAUGAACUUCCUUACUAAAUUUAGUAGUCUACUGCACUAUGGACCUCGUAAAUUCCACAAGUACUACUGUUAUAGAUGCAGUUGCCAAACUUUCAAAAGUCGGUUUUUCCUGGUACGACUACAUCCUUUUUUCCGUGAUGCUACUAUUUAGUGCCAUCAUUGGAAUCUACUUUGGAUGUUUCGGGACCAAGCAAUCCACGGCCAAUGAGUACCUUAUGGGAGGAAAAACUAUGAAGGUUAUUCCUAUUGCCAUCUCUCUAGUGGCCAGUCAUACGUCUGGCAUUACUCUUCUAGCACUACCAGCUGAUGUGUACCGCUAUGGAGCUGGAUACUGGCUAGGAGGAAUCUCCAUGGCCAUUCUUUGCGUCAUCACUGUUUACGUAUACUUACCCGUGUUUUAUAAUUUAGAACUGAUUAGUACGUACGAGUACUUGGAACGAAGAUUUGAUAACAAAGCCAGACAAUUCGCCUCUUUUCUGUAUGCACUUGGUGUGUUUCUUUAUUUGCCCAUUGUCGUCUACAUUCCAGCUUUGGCCUUCUCGGCUGCUACUGGAGUCAAUGUACAUUUGAUCACUCCUCUCGUCUGCAGUGUGUGUAUAUUCUACACCACAAUAGGAGGUUUAAAAGCGGUAGUAUGGACAGACACUUUACAAUUUACUGUGACAGUCGGAGCCAUCGCAACUGUGUUCAUGUUGGGAGUUAAAUCAGCUGGUGGUUUUACAUUUGUGUGGAAUAAAGCGAUCGAGGGUCAUAGACUGGACAUUUUUGAUUUUGACCUCGACCCCACCAAACGUGACACGUUUUGGAUUGUUGUCAUCGGUUUAACGUUCCACUGGUUGGCCCAAAUCAGUGUCCACCAAAGCUGCGUCCAAAAAUUUCUUUCAGUACCUACAUUGAAAGACUCCAUGAUGUCUGUUGUUUACUACACUGUUGGAAUGACGGUGAUGAAGACUGCUAGUGUGUUGACUGGGUUCGUUAUGUACACUAAGUACUCCGCCUGUGAUCCUUUCACAACAAAGCAAGUGACAAGGAACGACCAACUCUUACCCUACUACGUUCUAGACGUUGCCAAAAAUAUCCCAGGUCUGUCUGGACUCUUCAUAGCCGGAGUUUUCAGCGCAGCUUUAAGUACUCUUUCGGCAAAUCUUAAUUGUUUAGCUGGAACCAUUUACGAGGACUUUGUUAGUAAAAUAGUCACGAAAAAUAUCUCCCCAAAAACAUCUAGCAACAUUUUGAAAGUUAUUGUAAUACUGACUGGGAUCUUAUGUACGGCUCUAGUUUUUGCAAUUGAACACAUGGGAGGUUUGUUAACGCUGUCUAUUAGUUUUCAUGCGGUGACGCAAGGUCCCAUGUUGGCAAUGUUCACACUUGGCAUGCUUUUCCCAAAAGCAAAUUCUAAGGGUGCCCUGUAUGGUGGAAUCGGUGGUCUACUAUUUCUGGCGUCGAUUUCUUUUCCUGCCAAGUACUUCGAAAUGCAAGGGUUGUUUAAAUAUGCACCCAAACCGCUUUCAGUAGAUGGUUGCAGUUUUAUGAAUCACACAAAUUUUGUGUUCAACGCUACUGUAUUUAAUACUACAAGAAAUUAUAUGUCAUUGAAGACUGCAUCGGCACCAUUCCAAGUACCAUACAUCUUUAGAAUUUCGCAUUACUACUACAGUUUAAUGGGAUGUACAGUUAGUAUAGUUUUGGGACUAAUAAUUAGCUACAUGACAAACAAAGAGGACCAUCCUGUCGACAGAUCUCUCUUAAGUCCUGUGAUUUAUCGCUUUCUGCCUAAAGAUUCAAAGAUUAAUGGUACCCUUAGAUACAGCAGUGUGGAAAAGGAACUGCAAGUUGAUCCAAUUUCGACGAAACCCAAAGAAAAUGGACUUGAAACUAUUGACACAACUACCUAAUUUGCGUUUAUGUUUAUUUUUAUCUAACUAAUUUAACUAAAACACCUAAAGAUGGAACAAAUAGGUCUUACUAGAUGGAAAUUAAAUUUUCUUGGGUUUUUAAGAACAGUUACUAUAGGCGAGUUAUCAGUAUUUCUCCCCUGUGUAUAAUUUUCAAAUGGGAACAAGGAACGCUUAAAGAAUAAGUUGAAACUACAAUCGCGGUUAGUUUAUCAAUGUGAAGAAUGUAAUAUUUUUUCAUUUGUUGUACGGAUGUCUUUAGUCAAUUUUUAAGAGUACCUGAAAAUGUAGAUACUAUGAGUUUUAUGUAUUAUCUUGUAUUUACCUCUGAA